GUGAGGGAUUGAUGUUGGCCGCUGUAAAUGAGAGGAGAAAACAUCUAGCACCAGAGCAGGUGGAUCUUUAGUCUUGUGGACACUCAUUAUCAUGUGGAUAAUUCUUUUCAUUCUAGCUUCAUCGGACCUCCUGGCUGCACAGAGUACCUGCUCAGAUGGGGCUUGUUACCCACCUGUGGGAGAUCUUCUCAUAGGCAGAAUCCAUCAUUUGAAAGCCUCCUCCACUUGUGGACUCGUUCAGCCUGAAACUUACUGCACUCCAUAUGGGGAAUGGCAGAUGAAAUGCUGCCGAUGCGAUUCCAGAGUGCCUCAUGCAUUCAACAGUCACCGGGUGGACAAUGUCCUCUCUUCCAAUGGACACAUGCGGUGGUGGCAGUCCCAGAAUGAUGUGAAUCCUGUCUCUCUCCAACUAGAUCUGGAUAGAAAGUUUCAACUGAGUAGCAUUCUGCUGGACUUCAGGAGCCCUCUGCCAAUUGGCAUGGUGACUGAAAGAUCUACUGACUUUGGCACGAACUGGAAAGUUUAUCAGUACUUGUCCACAGAUUGUGCCACCUCAUUUCCAUGGAUCUCCAGAGGUCUCCCGCAGACCUGGCAGGAUGUCAGGUGUCAGGAUAUACAGACUCAUCACAGACCACCUCAGGGUGGGGGGAAGAUUGAGUUCAACCUCAUUGACCUUACAUCUGGGAUGAGGACAUCUCAAAGCCAGCGUAUCAACAAUCUGGCUGAUUUCACCAACUUGAGGAUCAACUUCACCCACCUGUCCCAUCCCCCACACCAUGGCUACCGCUUACCCAGUGCUUUCUAUGCCUUGACUGAGAUGCAGGUGCAAGGGAGCUGCUUCUGUAAUGGACAUGCUGACCGCUGUCGUGCCCCUGAUGCAUCUGCUGGAGAACCCAAUGCUGUGGUUCACGGGCACUGUGUGUGCCAACACAACACGGCUGGUCCCAACUGUGAACAUUGUGCAGCUUUCUUCAAUGACCAGCCAUGGAGGCCUGCAGAAGACAGCAACCCCAAUGAAUGCCGCAGAUGCAACUGUAAUGGUCAUUCCAACAAGUGUUAUUUUGACUCAGCCGUGUACCAAGCCAGUGGGGGAGUGAGCGGGGGCGUGUGUGAAGACUGCCAGCACAAUACGGCAGGGAGGAACUGUGAGCGCUGCAAGACCUAUUUUUUCCGUAACCGGCGGUAUGAUCUCAGCCACUCUGAAGCCUGUCUCCCUUGUGAAUGUGAUCCAGAUGGCACCGUUCCUGGCUCCAGUUGUGAUCCUGUGAGUGGCCGCUGCGUCUGCAAGGACAACGUGCAAGGGGACCGUUGCCAUCUCUGCAAGCCUGGAUUCACCCAGCUACUCAACUCUAACCCCCAAGGUUGCAGAGAUUGUGCCUGCAAUAUCUUGGGUAGCCGCAAGGUGCCCUGUGAUGAUGAGACGGGGCGCUGCUUCUGCCUCCCCAACGUGGAGGGAGACAAGUGUGAUAAAUGUGCUGUGAAUCACUGGAAAAUUGCCAGUGGCGAGGGCUGCCAGCCUUGCAACUGUGACCUUCGGAAUUCCCUCAGUCCUCAGUGUAAUGAGUUCACAGGGCAGUGCCCAUGCAGAGAAGGCUACAGGGGCCUCACAUGCUCUGCUUCUGAAAUACGGUUUUGCCCAGACCAGUCUUAUGGAGAUGUCAGGACAGGAUGCAGAGCGUGUGACUGUAAUUUCCGGGGCACGGAGCAGGUAGGCUGUGACAAGCUGACAGGCAGCUGCCUCUGCCACUCUGGCUUUGCCGGAGCCCGCUGUGACCAGUGUCAGCGGGGUUACUGCGGCGACUACCACAGCUGUGAGGCCUGCCACCCCUGCUUCCAGGCUUAUGAUGAGGACAUCCAUCGGUUUGGUUUGCGCCAGGCCACCCUGAAAAACUCUACACAGCGGCUACGAGUGGGAACUCUGAGCUCUGGCUUCAGUAACCGCUUUUUGGAAGCAGAAGGUGAAGUUCAGCGCAUCCAAGGGAUCCUGGGAAAUCCUCUUGUAACAGAGCAGGGACUGAAUCAGGUGGCCAGCACCAUUGCUGCACUCAGGCAAACCAUUGCAGGUUUAAGAUCUGAGAUACCUCUUAUGGAUGAAAUGUCGUCCUUAACCGCAGACAUGGAUGCUCUUGCUAGAAGCCUGCUUCUGAUUACCACAGAAUACCAAAAUAAGAAAGUCCAGUUUGAAACCAGUCGCAGUACAGACUUGUCAGGAGCGUUCAAGACUGUCAGCUCAUCCCACCAGACAUCUUCCAACGCCAGCAUGCGCAUAGCUGGUUCUUCUAGGCUGCUGGUUCAAUCCAUGCAAAACAGGGAAAAAACCGAGGAGCUAGAAAAUGGCCUUACAGACCAUGGCUCAGGAUUGGAGGCUCUGCAGGGAGAAUUGGCCUUCUCUCCAAACUUGACUCCAGUUAUUAAUAAGUUGUGCAGCAACAUCAGAUCAGAGAUUUGCACCCCUGGAGAGUGUCUUGGGGAACUAUGUCCUCAGCAAAAUACCACUGAAUGUGGCCCAGGUCUGGGCUGCAGCGGGAUCUUCUCACGUGCUGGCAGCUCCAUCCAAACUGCCAGGAAAACCACCCAAGAGAUCCAUAAGUUAAGCAUUCGACUACAGGAGGCUACACAGAUGAUAAGAUCUGCAGAAAUAGCUGCCAACCAGAUCCAAACAAAUGCCCGAAGUCUGGGUGACAAAAUGAGCACAACCAGGACACAGAUAGAUGGAGACAUCCGACGUACUCAGCAGUUUAUCCGCCAAGUUCGCAACUUUCUCUCUGAUCCAGACACUGAUGCAGCUGCUAUCCAGCAGGUCAGCGAUUAUGUCCUUUCCCUUCACCUUCCCACUGAUUUUGCCACAGUCCUCAGGAAGAUGAAUGAAAUCCAGAACUUGGCUGCAAAGCUGCAGUGCCCGGAGAGCAUCAUUGCCCAAACGGCUGGGGACGUCGCUAGGGCCAAACAGCUUCUGCAGGAAGCUGAAGAAGCCAGGAAUCGAGCAAAUGCUAUUGAAGGAAAUGUGGAGGAUGUGGCAGAAAAUCUGAGACAAGCUAACACAGCACUUCAGGAGGCUGAAGACACUAUUCAUGGGUCCGGUUAUUCCCUUCAACUCAUCCAGGAUCGCCUUGAUGAGAUCCAGAUGGUCCUUAGUCCAGCUGAGAAGAGUGUAGAGGACAUCACUGAUCAGCUGAACCGCUUCACAAAUAGACUCAGCCAGCUGCGGUACAAGGCAGACCAGAACCGGGCAUGGACUUCGGACGCUCAGCAGAAAGCAGUGGAAGCCAGUGAGCAAACAAGAAGCACUCAGCAGGAAUUUGAAAAGGUAAAACAAAAAUACGCAGAAGUGAAAAGGCGAGUGGGGCAGGGUCCAAACUUGGGAGUGCAAGGGACCCGGAUCCAGAGCGUUCAGAUGGAAGCCAGCACAUUGUUUAAGGAAACCUUGGGUAUGAUGGCCAAGAUGGGAGCUUUAGAAACAGAGCUCCGAGACAGCAACAAUGCAAUUAUCCUUGAAUCAGCCAAGCUAGCAGGCUUGGAAAAGCAAGUGGAAACAAUUCGAGAUCAUAUCAGCCAACGAGCAGCAUACUUUGCCACCUGUACUGAUUAGCACAGCUUAUUCUCAUUUCCUGGUUGAUGCCUUUUGCAAAUCAUACACCUUUGUCUACCUUUUAU